AUGGGCACAAUUACGUCAGACUUGGAGACUGUGGGCCACGCUGUUAUCCUCUUUUAUAAGUACGUGGAGGUAAAGAAUUCGUUACAGCACAAGCAGGAGCAAGAGGAAUUAUGCAAACGUCUGGGACUUGUCGGUCGUAUCUUCAUUAGUGAGGAAGGCAUUAACGCUACGCUCUCGUGUCCGUCACGUGCCCGAAUUGACGAGUAUAUUGCCUUCUUGUGUGCCCACGACGUGUUUGCCAUGCAUGAUGAAGACUUAUAA